GAGUACAACGUUUUCAUAUUUAGUAUUGUUAAAAUCUUUUUCCACCGUUUCACGGAGCAAAAGAGCUAUUUUCAAUCGGCUGAUUUUCCAUUUCCCUUUUACCCUGUUUCGUUGUUCUUCUGAAUUACGAUUGCUUUCGUCAUACUUCAAUUGCUUUAUCCUAAAAAAGUAUAAUAAUUAUUAAAUAUACGUACUUGCGAAUAAAUUAUCACGCAUACGUGUAUCUCAGAUCUGCUCCGCAUUUUUUUUCUUCGAUCACAGCAAUUAAAUUUUCAGGUUUUUCGGGAAAGAAAAUUGGAAGUCUGUCUGUCUGAAAACAAUAUGGAAUCAUCAUCGGGAGCGGUGCCGGAAUUCGAUUACUUGUUCAAGCUGUUAAUGAUAGGAGAUUCCGGUGUUGGGAAAAGUACCCUUUUGCUCAGUUUCACUUCUGAUACUUUUGAAGAUCUCUCUCCUACAAUCGGAGUGGACUUCAAAGUAAAGCAUGUCACUGUUGGAGGGAAGAAACUUAAGCUUGCAAUCUGGGACACUGCUGGACAGGAAAGAUUCAGGACUUUGACAAGUUCGUAUUACAGAGGAGCUCAAGGAAUCAUCAUGGUGUACGACGUGACACGGCGAGAAACCUUCACAAAUCUGUCUGAUAUUUGGGGUAAAGAAAUCGACCUCUACUCAACAAAUCAAGAUUGCAUCAAGAUGCUUGUAGGCAACAAAGUUGACAAGGAAAGUGAAAGGGUUGUGAGCAAAAAAGAAGGAAUUGACUUUGCGAGAGAAUAUGGUUGUCUCUUCAUCGAAUGUAGUGCCAAAACUCGAGUCAACGUGGAGCAGUGUUUUGAGGAACUUGUCUUGAAGAUAUUGGAGACGCCAAGUCUGUUGGCCGAGGGGUCAGCUGGUGUGAAAAAGAACAUCUUCAGACAGAAACCACCCGAGUCUGAUGCAUCCACUAGCGGUUGCUGCUGAACGAGAGAAUAUCUUCAUCACCUUGUAAUUUUAGAUCGACUUUUGCUUCUGUUUUAAUCCAAUCCAAGAAAUGUCUGUAUUUGAUCUCUGUCGUAAACUCAGCUUGUUGGAUCUUUUCAUCAUAGUUCGUCUUUCUUUUCACGUUUCUAAUCGUUGUAGUUUCGAGCUGGACCGGCACAGGCAGCUUACGAGUUUGGAACAAUGCAAAUUCCUAUUUCAAAUAUUAUAUAUCAAAAAUUGGCUAACAUUUUACA